AUGGCCCUCCCGGCUGCGAGCACCGCUGCCCUGCACGCCUGCACCCUAGAACGGGGAUUAACAGGCCUGAUCGCACACCGAACCACUCCGGAAACCGCACGAGCCCGCGAGCCCACCCUGCCUUCAGAGCGGCGCGUCCCACCGGGAAUCCCCAAACUUGCACCAACCGCCCGGCCCUCACGGCCGUCCCGCUGCCCGACAGAUGGCCAUGCCCCCCCCCUCACUCCCCUGGCUGACGUACCCCUAGUUCCCCCAAUCCCCAGCGCUGCUGAUCUGCCCACGCUCGCCGGACGCCCGGAUCAGGCGAGCCCCUUCUCCUGCCCACCGGCCACACGGCCGCAGGGGGGGGGGGGGGGCUGGGGGUGGGGGGGGGGGGGGGGGGGGGGGGGGGGGGGGGGGGGGGGGGGGGGGGGGGGGGGGGGGGGGGGGGGCCGGGGGGGGGGGGGGGGGGGGUGGGGGGGGGGGGGGGGGGGGGGGGGGGGGGGGGGGGGGGGUUGUUGA